UGAGAGGGGAAGCGAGUCACCGGCAUCCCGGCAUGAGCAGGGAGCCGCCAUGCACCCCGGGAUGCUGCUGGCACCUGGGGCACAGGGACUCUCCUCCCCGUCCCUCUGCAGGCGGGUGUAGGAGAGUCCCUCUCCCCGAAGCCCCACGGGGGCUGCACCUCCUCAUCCCCAGGGAACAGGGCAGAGGUGCGGGGGUCCCCUCUGGAGAGCUGUGCACCCGCUGCGUGGGACCCGGGAGCAGAGGCUGGCACAGGGCAGGGCAUCAUCUGCAGCAGGCGCUGGGCUGCCGGCUCACAGUAGGAAGCCGAGCUAUUGGUAAUCACCCCCUCCUGCACCCUGAAGCGAGGGGGGAGUCAUGUCGUGUCCCCCCCGUUAUCUGCAUUCCCAGCCCUGGGCAUUUUGGUGGCCUCUCAGCGUACAGCAGCAGGUUAUGCUCUGCCUGGAGGGAGCAGCCAGGAGUGGGAAUCCCCCUUCCACGCUCCCCCCUGCCCGCCUGGCAAACCGCCCCACCGCCAAAGGAAGCGCUUGGUGCUGAGCAUCUUCAGGCCGAUGAGCGCAGGGACGCUCAGCGAGGGGGUCGGGGCUCUGCAGGGGCACUUUUGGAUGACCAGAAAGCAGGCGUCUCCCCAGCCCUGCCCCAGCUCUUGGCUGAUGGGGACACCAUCCCGCAGGAGCUGGGAGGUCAGCCUGCCCCACUCCCCCCCACCAGGUACCCAGCGGGGCCCCCCCAGCCCUACCCCAGCCCCAUGAGCAUCCCGCACAGGACUUCCCCACCGGUUUGCAGCCACCACCUCUGCGCACCUGGGACGUGCAGGGUCGCAAGCCCGGGGUGACAGGGCGGUUAGGACUGGGCUACAGGCAAAAGAUGAAGGGUUUCCUCCUUCUCUACGCGUUUCUAAUGGCUCCUUUGAGACAAGCCACAGGACUCCCCGCUGGGAAGCCUCACUGAGCUAAGAACAACUGUCCAAAGCUGUUUCUCUCCGCUCCCCUAUCCCUGGUCCUCUCUUUUCAAAAUGCAAACGUGUCUCCUCACUCCCCGGGGUGCUUCUGGCCCCCCUCACCCAGGAGCACCCGGUUUGGGGGGAGCCCUCCGUCCCCUCCAGCCCUGCUGUGUCUCAUCCGCAGGUAGAACCAGCUCCCGCUCUGCUGAUCAUGGUCAACAAGACCUUAAAUUACUGGGGUCCCAGUUUUGAGGAGGACGUUAUCAACAUCAACGUGGGGGGACUGAGAAGGCGGCUCAGCUCCAGCGCCCUCUCCAAAUUCCCCGACACCCGCCUGGGACGCCUGCUCUCCUGUGACUCGGAGGAGUCCAUCCUGCAGCUCUGCGAUGACUACGAUGUAAGUGCCAGGGAGUUCUACUUUGACCGAAACCCUGGCUUCUUCCUCUACGUGCUCCACUUCUACCAGACGGGGAAGCUGCACGUCAUGGAGGAGCUGUGUGUCUUCUCCUUCUGCCAGGAGAUCGAGUACUGGGGAAUCAACGAGUUCUUCCUGGACUCCUGCUGCAGCUACCGCUACCACGAGCGCAAGCUGGAGAGCCGGCACCACAACUGGGACGAGGAGAGCGAGGUCAGCAGCGUGGACACGUCCCCCGAUGAGAUCUCCGACAUCAACCACGACCUGCUGCGCUACAGCACGCUGCGCUGCGGCAGCAUGCGCAAACGCCUCUGGCUCACCAUGGAGAACCCCGGCUACUCCAUCCCCAGCAAACUCUUCAGCUUCGUGUCCAUCAGCGUGGUGCUGGUUUCCAUAGCCACCAUGUGCAUCCACAGCAUGCCCGAGUACCAGGAGGUGGAUGAGAAUGGCAACGUGCUUGAUGAACCCGUCCUGCACAAGCUGGAGUAUUUCUGCAUCUCCUGGUUCACCUUCGAAGUCUCUUCCCGCCUCCUGCUCUCCCCCAACCCCAGGAAGUUCUUCAAGCACCCGCUGAACCUGAUUGACAUUGUCUCGGUGUUGCCUUUCUACUUCACCCUCUUGGUGGACGUGACCAUGGGCAGUGACUCGGAGCUGGGCAACCUGGGCAAGGUCGUGCAGGUGUUUCGGCUCAUGAGGAUAUUCCGGGUGCUGAAGCUGGCUCGGCACUCCACCGGACUGAGGUCGCUGGGGGCCACCUUGAAGCACAGCUACCGGGAGGUGGGGAUCCUGCUGCUCUACCUGGCCGUGGGGGUCUCCGUCUUCUCUGGUGUGGCCUACACUGCCGAGAAGGAGGAAGAUGUUGGCUUUGACACCAUCCCGGCAUGCUGGUGGUGGGGCACGGUCAGCAUGACCACCGUGGGCUACGGUGACGUGGUGCCCGUCACUGUGGCGGGCAAGCUGGCCGCCUCGGGCUGCAUCCUGGGGGGCAUCCUGGUUGUGGCACUGCCCAUCACCAUCAUCUUCAACAAGUUCUCUCACUUCUAUCGCAAGCAGAAGGCACUGGAGGCGGCCGUGAGGAACAGCGGGAAGAAAGACCCCGAGGAUGUGGAGAGCACCUCCAGCCACGACGGAGACUCGGAGGCUCUGAGCGAGACCUCCCUGGACAGGGGCAGCCCCGACCGCCGUGGUCUGACCCCCGGUGCCCGCCCCACACCCUGACCCCUCCGUGCCGCGGCACCGGGGUGCGCACGGGACCCGCUUGCUCACAGCGAGCACGGCACGGCUGUGGCACCGGGACACGGCGGAGGAGCCAGGCUCUCCCCAUCUCGCAUCGCGCCUGGCAUCGCCCCUGCCCUGCAGAGGACAGGAGGGGUCGGAGGAGAUGCCCAAGCGGGUGCCGGCUGCUUCCAGCCCCCCAGUCUGCCUGGACGUGUCUCAACCUUCACCCAGCGACAGCCCUGCUCUCCCACGGCUGUGGCGCUGGAUGUAACCCUGCCAGAAAGGGAGUGAGAAAAAAAGAAAUACAGGUGACCCCUGAUCAGGCACUUCUCUGGCUGAGUGAAGGGGCAUUUCCUUCAGCCCUGAGGUUUUGUGUUGUCCAGGGUGAGGUUAAAUAGCUCGAGGGUGAAGCAGCCCUGGACCAGGCUGGCUGCCCUUGCAGGUCCUGUGCCAGGUCAGCAUCAACUCCAGUCCCAACCUCAUCCUACCCCCAGAUGGAAACAGCCUCAAAAGGCUCAGCUGCCCCAAUGGCCAUGGGGGAAAGGGGGUUGGAAAUUAGUCUGUAUGGGAGGAGUGGUGGUGUCCAGCUCGGGGCGAGCCCCACUGUCCCCAGUCCCUGCAGUGGGAUCGACUGGACCUCACCUUCCUUCCAUUGCAAUUGGGGUUUAACUGCUCUCCUGUGCUGCCACCGCUGGGACCUCCCAGGGAACUGGGUCUGGGGCUGUGCCGGGAGCGUGACACAGCUAGGAGCACUGUCCAUGAUGGGGGGACACCAGCCAGGGAUGAUCAGGCAAAAGGGACACUGUCCUCUGAGGCAGGAGCAGCCAGAGGGGAUCAAGCUGGGGGGAACAGAGGGGCCACCCCCAGUGGGUCUCUCCCCCCCAAGCCCUUCACUCCACGGGGCUCCCAUGCUGCAGGACAUUUGUUUCAGAGGAGCGGCUGCUCUCUGCGGCUGCUGGCACCCAGCCCCUGAGGCAGAGAGGAGGCAGAGUCCCUGCAAAGGGCUGUCAGGGAGCAGAUGUGGGAGGAUGCUCCUGGGCACAGAGAAGCUGCCUCUGCCGUUGCCGUAUGCUUGUGAUCUCCACUGCAGGAAGAGCUGCCAGGGAGCCCGGGGGCUGUGGGAGAUGAUGGGGUUGGGACACGACCAAAGCCAGCUGAGUUCAGCAUGUGCUCUGGUCCCCCUCACCACAACCCCCAGCCUGGCUUCCUUCUGCUGCCUCGUCCCUCCCUGCCUUGGGGCUGGGCAGGGGCAGGAGCGCAGUAAGGAGGGGGGUCACACUGCCCCGGGCAUCCCCUCUGUCCCGACAGGAGCACCCCGAGUGCCAAGGCACUCACCUUCCCUCUGCAGGGAGGGAGCACCCCCAUGUCCGUGGGGUAGCUGGGGCGGGGGGGGGGACCUUGCACUGUCCCUUGUCACCACCACCUCUGAGCACCUAGCAGCUGGGCAGCCCGGACUGCCAGGUCCCCUUCCCGCCCGGACCCCCACCCGGCUGAGCAGGUUCAGGGCUGCUCCCAGCGCAGCAUUCAUUCCCUACGGAGUUUUUCCUUGAUCCCCAGUUCUCUGUUUGGAAGUCAUACAGCUCCUUUGUGGACAGAGGAAUACACCCAGCAGUGCCUGUUCCGAGCAGGAGAAAUGUGCAGCCUGCAAUCACCUAAUCAGCCCCAAAAUAUGUUGAUGGCUGCAGGAUGGCCCCAGGCACCUGGAUCGUGGUGUUUUGCCACUGGCUGUCCAGUUGCCAGGGCUGGCUCUGCCUGUAGCGAUCUGCUGGCCAUGGGGAAGAAAAGACAAACCUUCAGCCUCCCUGAACCCCACUGGGACCCGGGGGGAUCCCCAGGGAGCAGUGGUGUGGGAUGGGAGGGUGCUCAUGCUCCUGGCAUCAUCGAGUCUUCCAGUACUGAUGGUUUGUGGUCCACUCUGCUCUCAUUCUUACUGCGAGCAGGGACUGGUGAGCUCCAUCGUCUGCUCCGACCAGCUCCACUGCACUUUUACUUGAAUAAAGGAAGGAGUUUCCCCUUCUGUCCAUAAAUAUUCCAGUAGCAAAAUGUAUUAAAAUGUGAAGACUAAAUUACAUGUAUUAAUUAAAAAGCAUUAUGCAAAUAA